UGGUGUUGCCGUGUCGGCCGUGUCUUGUGGUGGUGGGUUUUUGCAAGGAUCAUCAUCUCAGAAUGUAAUCUAGCGCCUUACGUCUCGUUCCCGCUGCAUCUCCAGCUCCACGAAAAUGCGGCUAGCACAUCGACUAAAAAUCUACGAGAGUUUAAAGGCUUAGUGCGGCGUAGUUCAAAGCCGACUCGAAUUUUGCGGUCGAUCGCAUUGAAUGACGCGAUACGUUCAUCAGCCGAAUGCCAUCAGUCCGUUCGGCCCUCGACUAUCUUUAGUUUACUUGUCUAGUCAGCUCACCGCCCUGUGCACAGUACACAUUCCGUUAUGAUCCCCCAUAUCAUUUACAUCCUGUUUUUUGUAACCGGGAUUCACGCGUCGGCGAUCGAGGAGCUCCAGGGUGCCGUACCGAAUGCAGACCUCAGAAGCGUCCUCGAAGAUGGCAAGACCAGAGUCACGGCAUCCCCGCCGAAUGAGGCCCAGCAGGCUGCGAACACCGAGUUCUGGCACGGCUUUUUCGGCGCGGUGUCCGUCAUCGUGGUGUCGGAGCUGGGAGACAAGACGUUCUUCAUCGCUGCCAUCUUGGCCAUGCGCCACUCUCGGCUCGCCGUCUUUGGUGGUGCCAUCGCAGCCCUUGCCAUCAUGACGGUGCUCUCCGCUCUCCUAGGCUUCGCAACCACCGUCAUUCCGCGUGUGUACACACACUAUCUCUCCAUCGCCCUGUUUGUCUUCUUCGGCAUCCGCAUGAUCAGAGAGGCAUAUUACAUGGAUCCCAAUGAGGGCUUGGAAGAGUACGAAGAAGUCCAGAAAACGCUGAGCAAAAAGGAGCUCGACGACUCGAUGCAGGCGUCGCGGGAUGCCCUGGACGUGGAGAGUGGCGUGGUGUUCCGGGUGCACCGGCGCUUGUGGGGGUUCUUCUCGAGGGUCUUCUUCCAGGCACUCACACUCACCUUCCUGGCCGAGUGGGGGGACCGGUCUCAGAUCGCCACCAUCAUCCUCGCAGCACGAGAGGAUCCGGUGGCGGUGUCACUGGGGGCCGUCCUAGGCCACAGUGCGUGCACCCUCCUCGCCGUCCUGGGAGGCAGGAUCGUGUCGCAGAGGAUAUCGGUGCGAUCUGUGACAUUUAUAGGAGGAAUUGUGUUCCUGUGCUUUGCUGUGUCAUCAGUAUGCCUCGGCAGUGGAGAAGAUUCUCUGAAGAGCCUCUGAGGGGUUGUGGAAUGUGGCAUUGGGACAUGCUCUUUUUUCGAAUUUCUUUUGGACCUGAACUGGGUGACUAGGCAUUCUACAUCUGUCGUAGGCUCGAAGCCGUGUGAGCGACCGUGCCUUUGUGAGAAAGUCGCUGUGGGAUGACGACCACAUCAGUCUGCAUUUUGAAGAACCAAAUGGGGAACGUGGAAGUAAGGUGACCGCAUUCCCAGCAGUAGACCUUAUGCGAAAUAGCUUAGUGGUCUGACAACACUGAGAGCGUCGGCAUUUUAAUGUUGGCAAGCGUCGUUGGUACGGAAGCACGGUGGAGGCAUCGGAGACAGUCGUGUGCGAUGGCGUGACAGCUGCGUUUUUCACCUUACGACCUUGUAAUGUGGACGAACAGUUUAAACAACUUGCCGCACCUGUCUGACAAAACUCUCGGCGGCCUCGUUGACGCAGCGGAGCAAAUCCUGGAAGCUUACACUGUGCCUUCUUCGGUGCAGACGAACAUCAGCGAUUCAAGGUAGGUAUGUAAACUGUGGCCUCUUUGUUUAACAUCGUAAAUAGGCUCGCUGCUUUAUAGUUGGUAAUCGCAUGGGUGCAGGUGUAUUGUAUGUGCGUUGGUUGAGCACUCUGCGUGCAUUUUGUAGCGCGCUCAGACAAGUUGUUGGCUCAGGGGGGCCUUUGAGAGUUUCGUCAGACAGUUGCAAUAGGUCGUUUAAACUGUUUGUCCACAUUCCAUGGUCGUAAGGCGGAAAACACAGCCGCCGCGCCAUCGCACACUGUCCAUACGGUUGUCACUGAUGCCUCCACCUUGCUUCAGUAGCGGCGACGCUUGCCAACAUUAAAAUGGCGAUGCUCUCGGUGUUGUCAAACCACCAAGCAAUUUCGCCUAAGGUCAAUUCUUUUUCGUUGUAUGGCUGCAAUGCUUUCAUGUUGUUUUUUCAUCUUUACGCUGUUGUUUCCCUCAUGAGCUUCAAAUCAGCUUGGAAGCGAGACAUUUAUGUAGGUCUCUCGUAAGAAUGUAAUUAAUUUUAUGGAGCUUUGCUACAGUUUGCUCAGAAAAGUGCAGUUGGGCACAGGGAUAUUAAUUUUUGUUUCAAGCGACUUCAGCUUGGUCUGUGUUUGAAAAAGAAACUUUUGGAAGACUACCAACAGAAAAGCAUAUUGUUUUUCUUCUCUUACAUUUGUAUUCUGUGCUUUCCUGCGAGUUUGUUUGAAUUACCGAUUUUGCAAUUUAGUGCUUUGGCAUACCAUACUGAUCUUUAUUACCGUUGCGACACAUGUGUUGGGGUUACUGUUCUGAUUGGUGCUCCAAACUUGGAAUGCCUGUCAUUGGGCACCUCUUUGUCUUUGCAGGAAAGUUUAGUUAUCUUAUAGGGCUAAAAGUGGAUGUAAUAUUUAUAGCAUUCUGUUAGUCGCAAUUACAGUGAGUCAGAAAAAGGCUUAGUUGUGAACCCACAAAGAACAUGUUUGUCAUUUGUCACCUUAUUCGUUACCGACUAUUGUACCUUCGAGCCACCUUGCGUACAUAGAUAGUGAUCAACUUCUAGCAGUGUCUUUCGAGGUAUCAAUAGUGGUUAUAAAAAUUCUAUCCUACUGUUGUAAUCCCCAAACUUUUUUGAAGGAAUUUGUUUCAGUAUGCUUAAGAGGAUACUAUAUGUUUCACUCUAUAUUCCUUGAUGCCCAUUUUUUUUUUCUGAUUUUUUUAGUUUUUUUUUUUUCAAGGUAUGCACUUUCCAAGAAUGUCUCCUUCCCUGCUCGUGUCAAUUUGUUGCAUAAAAAUGUUCAGAAAAUUUU